GAUGACUCAUUCAACUCAUGGUGGAAGCCAUCCUUGUCAAUAUAUUUGGUGGAAUUGUCAACUGUGCAAUUAUUGCCAAUGGGAUCACCAAAGCCUGUCGGGAGUUGGAACUCAAGGUGCCCUUGGUGGUCCGUCUGGAAGGAACCAAUGUCCAAGAGGCUCAGAACAUCCUCAAAAACAGUGGACUCCCCAUUACUUCAGCUGUGGACCUGGAGGAUGCAGCCAAGAAGACUGUGGCCAGCGUGGCUAAAAAGUGACAGCUUUGUCCUGACCCUUGGAGGAAAAAGUCCAUUGUCCCAUACAAAGGAAUGAUUCUCUCAUCACUGUGAAGGAAAUGGUCAUUCCAUUGGGGAAAAAAAUGGUUGAGGGGAUGACCCAUAAUCACUCUCUGAAAAAUCUUGAAUCUGCAUUUUCUUAAAUAUAUAGCCCACCUAAGUCAUCUGAUUUCA